GUUCUAUAAAUUUCGUAGUAAUUAUAAAUGUAUAAAAUAGAUGCAUAUGAACAAUUAUAUUCACAAGUUAAGUAUUGAUUAUUAUAAUUAAAAUGAUGUUGAUAAUCGUCAUUGUGUUGUUAGAAGUUUUGUUAUGAUUAUCAGUGGGUUAUAUAAAUUUAAAUAUAUUACUCACUUUAAAAAUAUGUUGUACACAAUUACCGCCAUCUUUUAAAAUAAGCUUGAGGGUUCUAACUAAUUUUUCCAUGCAUUCGUAUGCGCAUAUAUGUUUGAAAUGAUGUAAACCGAAUGAAAUGGAUGUAAAUCACUAAAAAUUUUGGUCACAUUUGACGUAUCGUCAUUAAUGACAUCUAGUACUACAAAAGGUAUUAGUGGUAUGAUUACUUUUAUAGAAGUUAAAUCUCUAGAUUAUAGUUUAAUGGAAGAUCCACAUUAAUAUUAAAGGCACUUAUUUUUUUAUACGAUUGACUUAAAAAUUCAUUUGGAAGAUCUAGGAUAGAAACAAAAUGGCUGAACAUGUUUGUACAGUGAAUGUUCCAUUGAAUUAAGAGUAAUGGAAGAAUAGCUUUAUUAUUUUUACACCUGUUACAAAUUAAUUGCAAUAUUAAUAUCUAAUUGCUCAUUUUUAUCACGAUGCUCAAUUUUUAGGAAUUAAAUAAGAUUACAUCUGUAUUUAAAGAAAAUAUUAUGAAUAUUUUUCCAAUAUUUUGUACCAAAAAUUGUGAUUAAUUUACAACCCCAAAGCUAAAAGUUGUAGUCACAUGCUCUUCCUACAAUAAAAGUUUAUUAUAAGUUCUUAUAUUAUUAUUUCUGUUUUAGGUAAACGUUAAUUCUAUUAUAUUUGAUAAAAUUUUUCCUCAUUUCUGUUCAUUUUUUGUAUACUUCGCUACAAAAUAAUUUUUAUAUAGUACGCCAAUGGUAAAGCGGAUAUUGCGGUCUGCCAUUUGCAAAAAUCAUACUUUUAUUUAUUGCUCUUUUCUUUAUUUUUAAUUCAAUGGUUUUACGACUUAAAUUUGAAGUUAGUUUUAACGUAAUAUAUUGUUAGAUAUCGAAUAAUAUAACCAUUUUCUGGCAUACAUUGUUUAAAUUUAGGAUAAAAAUGUAUAAAAUCAACUUCAUAAAACAUUUAUUAUUGGUAAUCUACAUCAACUACUAAAUUUAACAGACACAUAAAGAUUCCACAAUGAAACAUUUAAAAACAAUAAAAUUAAGUUAUAGUCAUGAAUUGAUAACUUCCAACAUUUCCCUAAAUUCCAUAUCGGUUUGUGUUUCCAUGUGCGUCAUAUCUCUAUCUCCGACGUCUUGUUUUCUCCUGGACAUAACAGUUUGGCUUUCGACAGAUUUCAGAACGUCAUCUAUCAAAGUUUGUGUCUGAAUAUUACUGAAACCUAGAUCACUCAAAAUUUGAUCGGAGGUCUGCGUGUACAUGUUACUCAUAUAAUCACAACCGAACAUAACGUCGUCAAAUAUGAAGUCAGUUUGUGUCUCCAUGUUGCAGUUAUCGAACUCGAAGCUACCAACAUUUACGUCUUGAAGUAAAUCAGAGGUGUCUGUGUAUAUCGUAUCGUGGGUAUGUGUAGAAUUAUUAUUAUUGGAAGUGUUGUUUUCUCCAGUUUGUGUACUAGAACUAUUAGUUUCAAUAGGAAAAUCGUCUUUAAACGACGUAUUGCAAGAAAAGUUUUUCGAUUCUAUAACAUCAGUUUGAGUCUUCAAACUUCUUUGCGUUGACGAAUUAUCCAUUGAUCCACUAUUUUUUCUUGAUAAAUUACGAUAGUUUCCUAUAGUUUGUGUCUCUACUGUGAAAUAUUCACUUUUAUUACCAGUUUGUGUUUGUUGAUUAUUUCUACUAUCAAAUUCUCUACAAACUUGAGUCAUUUUGCUUUUAUAAAUCGAUGGUAUGUUGUACGUUUGACUUUCUUGGUUAAAUUUCUUAGUAUCGUUUGGUACAAUUAUUAAAUUGAAAGAACUUUUAGGUAAAAUAGGCCUAUCUGUAGCUUGUAGUAGAGUAUCACUUUUCGAACAAGUGUUAAUAACUUUAUAAUGAGUCUUUAAAGGUAUGCAAUGUUUUUUUCUUCUACUGUGAGUUUGUAGAGAUUCGUAUGUGGCAUAAUAAGCGGGGCACUGGGGACAAGUAAAAUUCACGCCACAAUAAUCGGAGUGUUGUUGAAGAUUUUUCUGUUGUGGAAAUAUCUUAUUACAAUUUAAACAAAUAUAUUGUUCUGAAGAAUGUUUCGUCAUAUAAUGUGUACGAAGUUUUUUUAAUUCUUUGAAGUAUUUGUCUGCGUUGUAUAAACAUCCAAGUUCUGGACAGAAAUAAUGCUUCGUGAUAGAUUCUUCUAAUAAAUGAGGUUUUCGGUGAGUUUUGGUUAAAUGUAAAUUAAGGUUAGAUUCCGAUAUAAAAAUACUGGUACAACCUUCUUCCGUGCAAUGUACUUUAUUAUUUACCUUACAUUCCUCGGCUGUAGGAUAAAACAUUUUUACAUUGUCUUGAAUUAUGAACUUCAUUUUAUUUUUCCAAACACAAACUUGGAAAUCGAUUUAUGACAGAUCUACAAAUAAACUCUAUGAACCGCGAUCUUAUAAUUAUUCACGGAUUUAUAUAAUUUUAACAAAAAUACUUGACUGUUUAAUGACAAUUAUUAUUUUUUGAUCAAGAAAUUGAUUAUUUACAAAAUUUGCUUGGUGAUUAAUUAAUAAUUUCAAAUUUAAAAAAAUAUACGCUAAAAACUGACUAUUUUUACGUAAAAAAAUCACUAGAUUUUAUAAGUCAAUUGCUGUCAAAAGAAUUAAGGUUAUAUCACAACUUCCAGUAGUUCAAAUCAUUAAAAAAAAUUGUUAUGUAAAUAAGAUAAAUUUAAAUGAAGUUGUAUUCUCCUAGUUUUCGAAAUUUUCUAAAUAAAUGGCCGGGUAAAAAGUAUUUUGGUAUGUAUAGAUUCCUUCCGAUAUUUUUCGUACUAGGUGCAGCUCUGGAAUUUUCAAUGAUUAAUUGGCAUGUUGGCGAAAUAAAUUUUUAUAGAACAUUCAAGAAGAGACAAGCUAAAAAUUUAGCAGAACAAGAAAUUGAAAAAGAUAAUCAAACAAUCUAAAUAAAGACUAACGUAAAGAUGCCCGCAGGUGUUAGUUGGGGAAGGUAUUCACUAUUUUCAAUAGCAGCGCUUUUAGCGAUGUUAUCAGGUUCUCAAGUAGUUCAUUUGUACUAUAAACCUUUAUCUGAUAUAGAUAAAUAUAUUGAAGAGGAAAAAAGGAAAUUAAAAGGAUCAAAAAUUUGAUUAUCUUCAUUUUAUAUGUAAAUAUUGUUAAAUAAAAAGUUAUUAGAUUUGUUUAAUUA